UGUAGCCGCACACAGCCAGUUGAACUAUCGGUGGACAGACAGAUCGUACGCUAAAUUUUAACAAAGAAACUGCUUGCCGUGCAAUCUAUUUUACAGUCUUUAAAUUGGACAUAUGUUAAAAGGUUCAGUGUUGUCUUCGAGUCUACUACAUAUCUAUACACUGGUAUCAUCGCGAAAAUAAAAUGAGUUCGGAGUCAAAUAGCUCUGGCGAUAAUAGUAUCGAAAUGAUUAAACGUGGAGAGAACCGAAGUACGGAGACAGACACGAGAGGAGGCUGGAAAGGCCGAAUGGACUUCAUCCUCACAUGCAUUGGCUAUGCUGUCGGGCUUGGCAACAUAUGGAGGUUUCCAUAUCUCUGCUACAAGAGCGGAGGGGGUGCAUUCUUCAUUCCUUAUUUUAUAUUCCUGCUGUUAUGCGGUUAUCCACUUUUCUUUAUGGAGGCUAGCUAUGGUCAAUUUAGCAGUCUCAGCCCAAUAACCACAUGGAGAAUGAGUCCACUAUUCAAAGGUGUAGGGGUUGGCAUGGUGAUGGUUUCCGGGUUAGUUUGUGUUUAUUACAAUGUCAUUGUCGCUUGGACUCUUUACUACCUUUUUAUGUCCUUCCGGGCUGUGUUGCCAUGGAGUAGUUGUGGAAAUGACUGGAACACAGAAAAUUGCGUAGAUGGAUCUGAAAGAGUUGUAAUAAAUAGCACAUUGAGCAACUAUACUGUGAGCACCAUGUCCAAUAUUUCAAGUCAUAUCAUUACUGCAAAUGGCUCUCUUACACUCGGAUCUGCAAAGACAAGCCCAAGCGAGGAAUACUGGGAAAAUCAUGUGCUGGAACUGUCUGGAGGGAUUGAGGAAGCUGGAAUUAUAAGGUGGCCUCUACUGCUUUGUCUCAUAUUGGCGUGGUUCUUUGUUUUCCUGUGUCUAUUCAAGGGCGUUAAAGUGUUGGGCAAAGUGAUGCAUUUUGCUGCUCCUUUCCCAUAUUUGGUUUUAUUGGUUCUUCUAAUCCGAGGUGUGACAUUACCAGGUGCUAUGGAAGGCAUUAAGUUCUAUGUUUUCCCUAAAUGGGAGAAACUUGGAGAAUUCCAGGUAUGGGGAGAUGCAGCCUUACAGAUUUUCUACUCGGUCGGUAUGGGAUGGGGAGGCAUCGUCACUAUGGCCAGUUAUAAUAAAUUCAGUAAUAAUAUAUACAGAGAUGCCUUGAUUGUACCGAUAAUUAACUGCGGAACGUCUAUUUUUGCUGGAUUUGUCAUCUUUUCCGUCCUUGGGUUCAUGGCCCAUCAGACUGGAUCCUCAAUUGAAGAGGUGGUAAGCCAGGGUCCAGGUCUCACGUUUGUUGCGUAUCCUGCAGCUGUUGCUAAGCUACCGAUUUCUCCCCUCUGGGCGGUGCUAUUCUUUCUCAUGUUGUUUACUAUCGGCGUUGACAGUCAGUUCGGUAUGGUUGAGACGUGCAUCACUGCGUUCCUGGAUACUUUCCCAAAGACUCUAAGGAAAAGACGAGUACUUGUCUCUGCAAUCGCCUGCAUAAUCGAGUGUCUUCUUGGGCUCCCUUUGAUUACGCAGGGUGGAAUAUACGUCCUACAGAUCAUCGACUGGUAUUGUGCUAGUUUCUCGCUGAUGCUGAUAUCACUUACAGAGGUCCUUGUCAUCGCCCAUGUUUACAAGACAGAAAGAUUUAUGGCAGACAUUGAGUUCAUGAUUGGCUUCAAACCACAUGCAAUCUGGAUAUACCUUUGGAAAUAUGUUACACCAGCUGUUAUCGUGUUUAUCUGGCUAUUCAGCGUGAUUACCUUAGGCCCUGUGACAUAUGACGGACGUUCGUACCCACAAUGGGCUAUUGUAUUCGGAUGGUGUCUGGGUGUUUCAUCAGUGCUGCCAAUUCCGGGACUCAUUAUCUUCCAGAUACUCCAGGAGAGAGGUUCACUUCGUCAGCGAAUCACAAAAUUGAUGAAACCAUCGGAGGAAUGGGGACCUAGUGUUCAAGAAGACAGAGAUAGAUAUUUCAAACAUCUGGCACUUCAAAAGAGGACGGACCUUACGGCCCUACAUAUUGAAGAAGAUGGUGAAACGGAAAAACAUAUGUUUCUUCCUUCAAGUGAAAAAGACAGCAUACCAGUGUGACGGGAGCAUGUGACGUUACCAUAGUAACAAGAACAUUUCAAUCACUGAAAAACGAACAUGAUCUGAAAAUUCGUCGCUUUAGUAGAUAAGGACCUGGGUCCAGCUGUUGUCAAUGCAAGUAAUUUCCCUUGAGUUUUAGUUCCCCACAAAUAGGUAGCUGCUUCCAAAACACCAAUUAUCCUCUGAAAAUACAACAAACAUCAAUUGUUGUAUUAAUGUGAUAUUGUGGACAUUUGUAUUAACGACUCGAGAGAAAAAAUAGAAUUCACAAAACUGGUGCCCAGUAUCGUAGUAAAUCAAGUUGAUGAGAAGAGAUUCCUUUAUAGGGCGAUAUUUUACCUUGUUUUACUUAUGUUUUCACAUUUGCUGGCCGUUAUAAAUUGUGUUCAUUACUUUUAUACAAAACGAUGUCUCCUAUGUUGAUAAUCUGCUAUUCGAUAGAAAUCCAAGCCAAGUUAGCAACCAACUAAAUACAUUUACUACAAGUUUAUACCAGAUUGCAAGACAGUAUUAAUUUUACCUUUCAAUGAUUCCUACUUCAAUACAAAGCUAACACAUUGAGUAAAAUAAAAUUUUGCUCAUAUGGUUUAUUUAUUUCAAAUCAUCAGCAUUUAGCAUAUUUCGCGUAGAUUUUAAGAUUUGCAUUCAUCAGGCUGAAGUAUUUCCCAAAUGUAUAUUAUAUUAUAUUUUCAUGAUAUCCAGCAUUAGUGGAGAGAGUGGUUUUGAAUUUGCUGUACAAUCAAUAUUUUAAUAUGAACUACAAAGAAACAUCCACAUAUCAUAGUUGAUGUAUAACAUAUUUGUAAUGAAUUAUUCUAAUGUGAUUUUAAGUGAUGUAUCAAAGCGCUAUAUACCAAAGAUGAGGCGACCUUUACCAAGCAGAUCUAGUCUUUUUCAUGUUGGACCAGUGAUACAUAACGUGAUGAGUUUGAUAUGUUAUAAUCCAAAUAAAAUACAUUUCUCGAUACAUUUAAUGUUGAUUGUGAAUUUCAGUAAUGUAAGAAAUAAAAUGUUUUCAUUUUUAAGUUGAUAUAUAAAAUAUGGAUUCUUAAAACUGCCUAAAUCGCACGUUUUGUAAUAGGGACAUUACAAUUUGUACAUAAUAAUUAUGACGUCAUUCUUCAUGUAAUGCAGAAUAUAUUUUAUAGAUUGUUGUAUCAAAUUUUUGACUAAAUGUUGUUGGGUAUUGUAUGUUGUAUAUAUUUGCUUAGCUUUUUUGUUGCGGGGAGGGGGACUAGCAUAUGUAAUCCGAUUACAUUUCAAAUCAAAAUUAAGCAUAAGUAUAUAUGUUGUUCGAAAAAAUAAUACACGUUUUGUCGAGGAGAUAUUUGUGAUUACAGAGAUCAACAUUCCAUUUACUACAAACAGAGUUACCUAAUUAAUCUCUUACUUAUCUCUCAUUCGGAUAUCUCGAAUAAUCAAUUUAUAUCGAAGUAUAAUGCUAUUUAUAUUUUUCGCAUGCCGAAAAAUGCGGUAGCAAACCGCGUUCUGAAAAAAACCGUAUUAAGGCCUUAAGAUGUAAUGAAUGAAAUACAGAUGUAGGUUUUGCGAUUUCUUUGAAAUAUAUUUAAGCGUAGAUGGAACAAACGGAUUAGGAUUAAGUUUUUAUAACAUUACAAUUACUCUCUCAAAAUACACCCAUUAAACUGGGAGUUAGUAUAUUGGUCACAAUAAUUUUUUGUAACAUUAUAAGUACCCUCUACAAAAUAUACUCAUUAAUCUUGGAGUUAGUAUAUUGGUCACAAUAAGUUUUAUAACAUUAUAAUUACCCUCUCAAAAUAUACUCAUUAAUCUUGGAGUUAGUAUAUUGGUCACAAUAAGUUUUAUAACAUUAUAAUUACCCUCUCAAAAUACACCCAUUAAACUGGGAGUUAGUAUAUUGGUUGCAAUAAGUUUUUAUUACAUUACAAGUACCCUCUCAAAAUACACCCAUUAAUCUUGGAGUUAGUAUAUUGGUCACAAGAAGUUUUUAUAACAUUAUAAUUACCCUCUACAAAAUACAUCCAUUAAACUGAGAGUUAGUAUAUUGGUCACAAUAAGUUUUUAUAAUAUUACGUUUUCGUGUCGAUGUGAUUGUUUGUAUGCUGCUGCUAUUGUUGUAUAUAGUAUACUGACUGUAUAUCUAUACUCACUUACAUCCUUAGAAUAGUCUAAUGUAUUAUAUAUAUAUAGAUGUAUAAUUACAAAAAAGGGCAAAGAUAUUAUCUUGAAAGAAUUUAAAGUUUAGUGGUACAUGUAAAUGAAUAAGGAAUUUGGUGCUAGUUUGCCCGAUCAAAUGUGAAGAAUAUCAAUUAAUUGAUACGUAAGUGUAAAAAGACAUUAAGUGUUAGCAGACACUUUACAUCAAGCGUAACAUGGGAAAAUAGGGCAUUUCAUAAUUCGUUAACUACUAGUGAAACACACGCAAUGUCAGUAUAACAUUUUAAUCCUUUGUAUGUACAAAAAUGCUUAAUGUCGACAAGUCCAUCAAAUUUUCUACAAUUAUCUACCGCAUCUUUGAUAAUGUCUCUGAUUAUUCAAGUUUAAAGUGUAGAAAAUGAAAAUUGUAACUUACCAAAGAAAUAGUUAAAAUUAAAUGUUUCUUAAAAUUGAACUAUAUAUUUACACAUUUUUGUUUAACGGUUCGAUAUUGUGUAGGUAUACAUAUUGACAUGGAUCUGAAGAAUUAUUUUGCCAUCACAGUAUGUACAUAAUAUGUUAGUUUGUAUAUAAGCAUCUUUGCUAUUAUUUGUAACUAUCAAUAUAUCAGGUUACUUUCCAUUUUCCUCUUUUCAUGUCAUCAUUUUAAGUAAAAUAAUACCUUUAGAAAAACUGGUUUUGAGAAGAUUAUUCUUAAUAAUAAUGUGAAAUGAAACACUGCUUACUGAUUAUCUGGUAAUAUUAACAGAUUUUCUGGUAAUAUUUACUGAUAAUCUAGUAAUAUUUACUGAUAAUCUGGUAAUAUUUACUGAUAAUCUGGUAAUAUUUACUGAUAAUCUGGUAAUAUUUACUAUCUGGUAAUAUUUACUGAUAAUCUGGUAAUAUUUACUGAUUAUCUGGUAAUAUUUACUGAUAAUCUAGCAAUAUCUACUGAUUAUCUGGUAAUAUUUACUGAUAAUCUGGUAAUAUUUACUGAUAAUCUGGUAAUAUUUACUGAUAAUCUGGUAAUAUUUACAGAUUAUCUGGUAAUAUUUACAGAUUAUCUGGUAAUAUAUUUACUGAUAAUCUGGUAAUAUUUACUGAUAAUCUGGUAAUAUUUACAGAUUAUCUGGUAAUAUUUACUGAUAAUCUGGUAAUAUUUACUGAUAAUCUGGUAAUAUUUACAGAUUUUCUGGUAAUAUUUACUGAUAAUCUAGUAAUAUUUACUGAUAAUCUGGUAAUAUUUACUGAUAAUCUGGUAAUAUUUACUGAUAAUCUGGUAAUAUUUACAGAUAAUCUGGUAAUAUUUACUGAUAAUCUGGUAAUAUUUACGGAUUAUCUGGUAAUAUUUACAGAUUAUCUGGUAAUAUUUACUGAUAAUUUAGUAAUAUUUACUGAUUAGCUGGUAAUAUUUACUGAUAAUCUUGUAAUAUUUACUGAUAAUCUGGUAAUAUUUACGGAUUAUCUGGUAAUAUUUACUGAUAAUUUAGUAAUAUUUACUGAUUAUCUGGUAAUAUUUACUGAUAAUCUGGUAAUAUUUACUGAUAAUCUGGUAAUAUUUACAGAUAAUCUGGUAAUAUUUACUGAUAAUCUGGUAAUAUUUACGGAUUAUCUGGUAAUAUUUACAGAUUAUCUGGUAAUAUUUACUGAUAAUUUAGUAAUAUUUACUGAUUAGCUGGUAAUAUUUACUGAUAAUCUUGUAAUAUUUACUGAUAAUCUGGUAAUAUUUACGGAUUAUCUGGUAAUAUUUACUGAUAAUUUAGUAAUAUUUACUGAUUAUCUGGUAAUAUUUACUGAUAAUCUGGUAAUAUUUACUGAUGAUCUGGUAAUAUUUACUGAUAAUCUAGUAAUAUUUACAGAUUAUCUGGUAAUAUUUUAAGCAUUUUUCUUUACUUUUUCUUGUUCCCUGAACGUUUUUAGUAAAUGCGUUUUUUUGUCUUUUUGAUUAUUAUUUCUGAAUGUAUGAUUGGAAUAAUAUGUUUUCAUCAUUAUUUAUUUUUGAAAGAACAAAGGAAUAUAACGUAGAUAUCAACUAAGAUUGAUGGACAAACUCAAACAUUUUGUUCCUUGCGGUAUAUUUGGCACAAAUCCACGAAUAAUCAUACCUACACAGCCUGGGAGUAUUUUGAUUGAUUAUUAUUCAAGAAAGGCAUAUAUAGUUGUUUUACUCUGUUGUUCAGAUCAAAUGUCUCUUUUUUUUCUUCUUUUUUUUCAAACUAGAGAAUAUUUACUUAAGAUGAGGAAAGUACCUACAAUGCAAAGUAAUAACUUAAGUAUAAUGACAGGUCUGGGUAAUAAAUGGAUGUACGGUAUAAAGAUGUUAAUGAAUGGUUCCCCGGUGACUUUCACACAUUUUUCAUGAGUACGAAGCACGAGUGGACAAUAUCCGUAUAUUCCAUCAUACUAGUGAAAUCUAUUGUAUAUUCAUUGGGAAACAUUGCAUUUUCUUUUUAUCUUAUUUUUUAAUGAGAAACCAAAGAGAGAGAAAACUAUGCGUCGAAAAAGUAGAAAAAUCUGUGACGCCAUAUUCUUAUGGCGUUACGCUUGAAAACAUGACGCCAUUUUGAAUGGGCUGGUUAAAUCCUACGUUUUCUGCUCUUACCUGUUAUGUUUUGCUUGCAUAAAUAACUAUUGUCAAGUGAGUUUUUUCAUCAAAACCUGGAACGUUUAUUGCAGCGCAAUAAUCACUCAUUCUACCUACGCUUCGUUUAGAUCUGAACCGAAUAAUUGGCAGAUUUCAAUGGGGUGAAUAGAAAGUUCUGUUCUGAUUGGUCAAAAAACAAAAGUUAUGUUAUUACAGUGAUAAUAUAAGCAGUGAUAAUAUGAGUAUUUAUCAAGUUGAUAAUUUCUGAUAUUUCACUAAUCAAAAUGUAAUAAUAAGACAAAUACGAUAUAAUGACAAUUGUUAAGAUAUUUUCAGUAUAAAUUAAAUACCUUUAUAAUCACGACAAUCCAUUUAUUUACAGUAUAAGAAAUACUUUACAGUUUUAGUGAAUUUUAAUUAUUGUAAACAUUUACCUCAGUUUUUCGUUGUGCGUGAGUGCUUCAUUUUUUAUAAUUGUUAUUCAAUUAAUGGUCAGGUAAAGCCACAAAUUGCCAAAUGUACUUAAAACCAUAGCAUGAUUGAUUCAAUAACCAGGCCAUUUAAAGCUUGUUUAGUUUACUCAUUCAUCAAGGCUAAAACAUCCAUCGCCAUUGCCAGGACAAGUUUUAUUUUGUUUCAUUUCAAUAUUUUUUUUUUAAACCUUGAACUAUUUAACUCGAUGAAUAACCGCUAAACAUGCAGUGUUUUUUUUUUAUUUAACUACGCAUGCAAUGUAUCGAUGUUAAAAUUAAAUGGUUUGGCUCUCAUGGUUAAGCAUAAUAUACAUGUAAGCCCAUGUCCGUCCAGACUCAAAUUGUACUAUCAAAAAGAUACCCAAAUACAAUUUGACAGGGCGCGUUUUGUACGGGUCAAAUAUUCUAUCCCGUAAAUAAAAGAGAUAUAUAUUCUUUAAACUUGAGAUAAGGUAAUUCAUUUUUAAGUUAAUACUAUAGAUGAUACAAAGACGUUUGAAUUUAUUCUUAAUGAACCAAUUGCGUAAUUAUGGCAUGUUUCAAUGAAAAAGAAUCAGCAUUAGCAUUAAAAAUAGUCCAUCUUGUAAACAUAUACAAUUAAUUUCAAUGGUAUUAAUACCGAUCAAGUAUUUUUAUUAUGAAUUAAUAAAGAAAUAAAAAUGUGAAGAAGCUUA